GUCGUGGGGUAGAUGCUCCCAGAAUAAUACAGGGUUGCGGAACCGGCAACUCCAGGUUAUACACCCAAUUAUGACUCUGUGAACAGGGAAAGUUCUACUUGCAAUACGCCGACAGCCGCUACAAACGACUGGAAAACAACAUCAGAUGAAUGAUUAAAGCAUACAGUUCGUCUAUUCUACGGGCAUCUUAUGCGAGUCAUCAAUACUGGAUAUCAACCAUCAUGCAACCCAGCAAUAUGGCCGGCUGCCUCAGAAUCCGCACAGGGAAUUUACUUCAUUCAACACCCUUGAUAUAUUCAUGCCGUGGUAUUUCACUUCAUUGUGCCCAUCGACCAGAAACUUUAAAGCGAAGUCUCUAGAUGAAUAUUUUAUCAAAGUCGAGAGCGGCGUUUUCGGUGCGAAACAAGACACGGCGGACGAUGACCCAUCUGGCAGUUCACGAGAUUCCAUCGAAGAACAUUCCCAACAUGAUAAACCCAUGGAAAGCCCACACCAGAGGGCGCCAGUCGCCGAGAUGGGAUCAUUCGACUUGGAUAUAAGAAAGAAGUUCGUCACGAUGGGAACCCUGGAACCUACUUUGCCGAUGAUUCCAGAUCAGAAUGAGCCUGUUUGGGUUACCAACGACAACUUUAGACCUUCGGGCCAUUCCAAACGACCUGCAAAUGACGUCAGAUCCUCGAAUGAGCCCAAGAAAUGGAGUAGAAUCUCGAAGAAUAAUGAAAGCCUCGACACCACUCUCCCGAUUAGGAUGGAAGAUACUAGACCUGGGGAAUUUGCUUUCAGGUAUGAAGGAUAUACAGGCGUAUACUUUCUUCGCUGCAAUCUGCAGAAAUGCAAAGACGUGGAGGGAGAUGUCGUCUACUUCACCGAACAUCCCUUCCGGAGAUUCGACGAAAGGGCGGGGAAGCACUUUAUGAACGGCCAUAACGUGACGACCAAAGACGAAAUUUUCAGGAGGUUUGCACACAGAGUUGUGGGUACCUCUAAGCAAGGUCAGUUAAACCGCCACGGAGAUGAACUAUUUUCGUUGCUUACGCAAGUCUGUGUGGAAAUUCAGAAGCGCUAA